AUGAACUCCAAUUCUCAUUCAAUGUCUUCAACACCUCCAACACCAACUAGUAACGAUGUUUCUGGUGGCAAGAAGGUUAGAAAACCUUACACUAUUACUAAGUCCAGAGAAAGCUGGUCUGACGAGGAACACGACAAGUUCAUAGAAGCUCUUCAACUUUUUGAUAGGGAUUGGAAGAAAAUUGAAGAUUUUGUAGGUUCUAAAACUGUUAUUCAGAUUCGAAGCCAUGCUCAAAAGUACUUUUUAAAGGUUCAGAAAAACGGAACACUAGCUCAUGUUCCUCCUCCUCGUCCUAAGCGGAAAGCUAUUCAUCCAUACCCACAAAAGGCUACCAAAAAUGUUUUGGUGCCACUACCAGCAUCCAUUGCUUAUGGAUCUUCCUCAAAUAACCUUUUACCUGCAGGGUAUGUCACAUGGGAUGAAACUUCCAUGUUGAUGAAUACUUGCCAGGAUGAACUCAACAAUCUUCAUGGAAAUGAAGCUGAUAUUAUUGGAUCAAAGGGGAGUCUUAGUGGUGUUGAGGACUCUAAUACAAGGCACCCCACUUCUCAGAUACCAAUGCAAGGGAAUCAAAAUCCUGCGGUUCAUGGUUUGCCGGACUUUGCUGAAGUUUAUGGUUUCAUUGGAAGUGUUUUUGAUCCAGAUACAAAUGGUCAUGUGCAGAAGCUGAAAGAAAUGGAUCCUAUAAAUUUUGAAACUGUUUUGUUGUUAAUGAGAAACCUCACUGUCAACUUGUCUAGUCCUACUUUUGAUCCCAUUAAGAAGGCAAUGUCAACAUAUGAUAUGAAUAAUAAUAAGGUCGCAGUAGAAGUUACUGAUGCGAAGAAGCAGACAAAUGAUGUAUCAUGUCAAACCACAUAA